AUGGAGGGGGAAAGGCGGGAGCUCGCUGCGGGGCGAGGGGAAGAGGAAAGACUUACCAAGAAGAAUUUUGAUCUAGUAAAGUUAAAUAUCCCCCAGGAGAAAAACAGAUAUGAACAAACUGAGAUUCGAACUGUGGCUAUGGAAAAUCAGACACUGCUUGGUGGAAUUUCAAGUACAGAAGAUGGAUUUAUCACUGAAAUAUUUAGUCAAAAUAGUCCAUUUAAUUCUGAAAACCUUAACUUUGAAAAUACAGUAAUUAAUAAACCUGGUAAAGAAGGGUUUCACUCCAGUCAAGACAGUCAUUUAUGCGCUAUGGCUAUUGGAGAAACUUUGCUGGAUCAAUUCAAAUACCCUCUUACUAUUGAAAGUCAAAAUACAAUACUCAAGGUCAAAAUACAGCCACUUGUAGAAGACAAUCAUAAUGAAAUCCUUGGAAAAUGUCAGAAGCUACAAGACCUAAAUCCUUCAGAAGAAGCUAAACAUACAUAUCCACCUUAUUCACUGUCGCACUCAUACAACGUCCAUUUUCUGUCUUCCUUAAUGAUGCAACAAAGAAAUUCUAAUGUUUUGUCACUAAGUACCUGCCCUCCAGAAGGAACAAUCAAUCAAAAUGUCAGAAUGAUACCAGUAUUCAGACCUCUACUAGAUCCAGUUACUGGUGGGAAUAAUUGUAUUUGUUAUGACCAAUUCAAAGGAAUGCUUAAUAGUUGUGUACAGUCACAAGCCUUGCCAGGUACCUCCAAUGAACCUUGCAGUGAUACCAGCACUUUACCUCAGACUAGUGCUCCUGUCUGUGAUGAACUUGCAGAGGUAAAAGAAGCAAUUGUUAGUAAUAUGGCUAAUAACCAAAAGGAAGCAGUUUUUCAGAAUUCAAAUGCAGGAGAAACCAGCUGCAAGUUACUAACUGCACAAAAUGUAAUGGAGGACCCCAGCUGUUCACACAGAAAAGAUUCCAGUCCAGUGGUGAUCUGCCAGUUGAAAGGAGGUACUCAAAUACUCUGCAUAAACAACUCUGGCACAAGAGAACUGAAAACAGUUCAUCUGGUUCCCCAGUAUCAAAACCAACAUAAUUAUCUUCAGUCAGAUGUGCCUAACCCUAUGACAUCUCUGCUGGGACAAUUUUUGCCAAUUCCAGGUAAAGUGGAUCUCAAUGAACAACAG